AAAAUAAACCCAAAAUACACACACACACACACACACUCAGCAAUGGCAGCUACUGCAAUGUCAGUGCAUCAAUUGACUUCCAAUUUGUACAAUUCUCGGCCUUGCGGCGGUUUCCGGCGGUCGGAGAAAAGCCGAGUGGUACGGUGCUGCGAGUCGACUGUUGAAGUGGCGGAGAAGAAGAAAACAGUGGUGAAGAACGGGAACGAUUCACUAGAGAUAUGCAGAGUGCUUAACGGGAUGUGGCAAACCAGCGGCGGGUGGGGAAGAAUCGACCGAGACGACGCCGUUCAGGCCAUGCUCCGCUACGCCGACGCCGGUCUCUCCACCUUCGAUAUGGCUGACCACUAUGGACCUGCAGAAGAUCUUUACGGUAUUUUUAUAAAUAAAGUACGUAGAGAGCGUCCGCCAGAGUACUUGGAAAACGUCAGGGGUCUUACUAAAUGGGUGCCGCCACCUGUCAAGAUGACGAGUAGCUUUGUGCGUGAUAGCAUUAAUGUUUCGCUAAAGAGAAUGGAUGUUCCUGCUUUAGACAUGCUUCAGUUUCACUGGUGGGACUAUGCUAAUACUGGCUACCUUGAUGCUCUUAAACACCUUACGGAUUUGAAAGAAGAAGGUAAGAUAAAGACAGUCGCUUUGACUAACUUUGAUACGCUGAGGUUGGAAAAGAUACUGGAGAAUGGGAUUCCUGUAGUAAGUAACCAGGUACAACAUUCGAUUGUUGAUAUGCGUCCCCAACAGAGGAUUGCGAAGCUUUGCCAGCUCACAGGAGUUAAACUUAUAACGGCUUCCAGCUAA